AUGGAUUUAAUAAAUAUGAAAACUCAAAGCUUUAAGUGUAAUUACAAAAACUGCGACAAAAGCUAUUGCAGUUUGAACAAUUUAAGGAGACAUUACGAAGGUGCUCAUAUAGGAAUCAAACGAUUCAGAUGCAGCAUUUGCAAGAAGUAUUUGUCAUCUAAACAGAGUUUAAUUGAGCACAUGUUCAUGCAUACAGGCCAAAAACCUUUUGUAUGCUCUUUUCCUAACUGCGGUAUCAGUUUUAGGCAAGGAAGUCAAUUAUCAUUACAUAGAAAAAUGCAUGAAGAAGUAAUAAAAAGGUGUUGUGAGUAUAAAAAUGAAGUAAAAUCAGAGAAGAUCAGCUUCAUGAUACAACUUUGGCAUUGUUUAUAAACUUGGUCUGCAUCUGUCUUAAUCUUAAUCUUGAUUAUUCAGAUUUUUUCCAAUACUGAAAGAAGAAGCCCCUCAAAAUCUUGAAACGUCGUGUAGUCUUAGUACUGUGAUUUUGUCACCAAUAUCUCAGCCACAAUAUGGAGUCGUACUUCCAUUACCAGCCAUUUUGAGCUAA